GUUUUUAUUGCGGCUCUUCCACCGCGAGAUCCAGGAAGACUGAACAUGUAGCAGAAUUACCUUUCUGAGUAGAAUUAAAGGGACGCGGUUUCAUCAUGGAGGGAACCUCUAAAAGUGGUGCUGCCAGUGAGCCGACCGUCGCCGCUCAGGUUCCUUUCCUUCACUUGUGCAACACUUUGGAGAAAAUCCAGAAGUUGAAACUCCGUCCAGAUAAAUCCAAGAUUCUCAGUGAUUUCAUCGAGUCAUGGCGGAAAUUUCACUCUGCCCUCCACAAAGACAACCCCAAAACGACAGACUCCUUUUAUCCCGCGAUGCGCCUGAUUGUCCCCCCUUUUGAACGAGAGCGAAUGGCGUACGGCAUCAAAGAGAGCAUGCUAGCUAAACUCUACAUUGACGUUUUAGGCCUUCCGAAAAGCGGCCCAGAGGCCAAUAAACUUCUGAACUACCGCGCUCCGACCACAUCCCAAGGGGAAGCUGGAGACUUUGCUGGCAUGGCGUACUUUGUGCUGAAGAAACGUUGCACCAGUCAAGGAAACCUCAGCAUCAAAGAGGUCAAUGACUUUUUGGACUCUGUGGCGAUCAACAAUGCUAGCAAAAAGAAGGAUCUUGUUAAAAAGAGUCUGCUGCACCUCAUCACCCAGAGCUCUGCUCUCGAGCAAAAGUGGCUUAUCAGAAUGAUUCUGAAGGACAUGAAGCUCGGCAUCAGCAAGGAAACCGUUCUCCAGGUCUUCCACCCGGAUGCCACCGAGCUCUACAACGUCAACACCAACUUAAACAAGGUGUGCCAGCAGCUCCACAGCCCCUCCGUGUCCUUAAGUGAGGUCUCCAUCGGACUUUUUUCUGCCUUUAAGCCUAUGUUGGCAGCGGUUGCUAACAUUCGCACCGUGGAGAAGCAGAUGGGCAACAGUCCGUUUUUCAUCCAGACCAAGCUGGACGGGGAGCGCAUUCAGCUCCACAAAGACGGAGACGUGUACAAAUACUUCAGCCGGAACGCCUUUGAAUACACGCAGCAGUUCGGUGGAUCUCCGCUUGAAGGGUCGCUGACGCCGUAUAUUCACAACAUUUUUCAAAGCAACGUCAUCAGCUGCAUCCUGGACGGCGAGAUGAUGGCUUACAACCCGACAGCUGACACCUUCAUGCAGAAAGGAAGCAAAUUCGACAUCAAGAGGCUGAUGGACGACUCAGAGUUACAGACAUGCUUCUGCGUGUUUGACGUGCUGUUGGUCAACAACCAGAAGCUCGGAAAAGAGACGCUGAAGAAACGCUACGAGAUUCUUCAGACGGUUUUUACGCCAGUGAAGGGACGGAUGCAUCUCGUUCCGAAGGCUGAAGCCAGGACGAUGCAGGAGGUGGUCAGUGCUCUCAAUGACGCCAUCGACAGCAGGGAGGAAGGGAUCAUGGUGAAGGAUCCUUUGUCCAUUUACAAACCUGAUAAACGGGGGGAGGGAUGGUUGAAGAUAAAGCCUGAAUAUGUGGAUGGACUGAUGGAUGAGCUCGACCUGCUGAUUGUUGGAGGCUACUGGGGAAAAGGGAGGCGAGGUGGGAUGAUGUCCCAUUUUUUAUGUGCUGUUGCCGAAGCUCCAAAGCCCGGCGAGAAGCCGUCAGUUUUCCACUCCCUCUGCCGCAUCGGUUCAGGCUACACCAUGAAAGAACUGUACGACCUCGGCCUGAAGCUCGCCAAGCACUGGAAGGUCUAUCGGAAGAACGACCCACCAGCCUCCAUCCUUUGUGGAAUGGAAAAACCCGAAGUCUACAUCGAACCCUGCAACUCUGUCAUCAUCCAGGUUAAGGCGGCUGAGAUCGUCGGGAGCGACAUGUAUAAAACCAGCUGCACGCUGCGCUUCCCCAGGAUCGAAAAGAUCCGCGACGACAAGGAGUGGCACGAGUGCAUGACUCUGGCGGAUCUGGAUCAGUUCCGCAGCAAGGCGUCUGGGAAGCUGGCCUCCCGGCACCUUCGCAUCGAGGGGGACGAACCACAGAAGAAGAAACGCAAGCUGCCGGCCAAGCCCAAGAAGGUCGUCGGCAUCAUCGACCACUUCAAGCCUCAGGACCUGUCCGGGGUUUCCAAGGAGACGGAUAUGUUUGAGGAUGUGGAGUUCUGCAUCCUGAAUGGGACUGAAGAUCAGCCCAAGUCUGAACUGGAAAAGGCCGUGGCCAGGUGUGGAGGGAUUGUAGUUCAGAACCCAGGACGAGACACUUACAGCGUGAUUGCCGGCGUGGAGAACAUGCGCGUAAAGAAUCUGAUUUCAUCUAACCAGCACGACGUGGUUUGGGCCUCCUGGCUGCUGGAGUGCCUGAACCAGAAGGAUGUGGUACCAUGGCAACCUCGCCACAUGAUCCACAUGUCCCCUUCCACCAGGGAACACUUCGCCAAGGAGUACGAUGCCUUCGGCGACAGCUACUUCGUGGACACGGACGAGCAGCAGCUGCGGGAGGUGUUCGGCCGGAUUGGAAGCACGGAGGCGUCGGCGGCUGUGAACGUGUCGCAGGUGGAGGAGCGCUAUGGCUGGGACGACCUCCCCACCAGCAUGUUCAGACCCUUCACGGCUUACGUUGACAUCUUUGCGGACAUCGGAGACCCUAAAAGCGCUGUGCCCGCUUCCUGCCUGAGCAUCAGGGCGCUGGAGUUUCGCUACCAUGGAGGGACGGUGCUGCAGGUGUUGGAGGAAGGAGUCUCACAUGUUAUAAUCCAGGAGGAGACCAGACUCAUGGAUCUGAGGACUCUGAGGCGCCGCUUCAAGAAGAAGUUUAAGAUCGUAAGAGACUCGUGGGUGACGGAUUCAAUCAAAGCAGGGUAUCUGAUCGAUGAUACAGGGUACUUGGUUUAAUCUCUCCUGAUGAUUAGAGACUUUUUAUGUUGAAACUAGAGAAAAGUCCUCUUAGUAUUUUAAUAAAAACCACUAAUAAAGCUUUUAAAAACAAUUAUAAAAUCAUUGGAUGCCACUUCUCUAGGAUCUUAUGCAAUGUUGGAAAGCAAUUUUUAAAGAUUUCUUAGCUUAAGAAUAUAUAUUGAAUAUGAGCUCAGUUAAUUCAGAAAGGAACAUUCUCCAGAUGGUAUUAAAUAAUUAGUAAAAAUAGAUUUAGAGCAGCGGGUCCUAAUCUGAAGUCCCUGGACCUGCAAGCUGAGGUGUAUCCGCUUAAGUUUUUUACGAUCUGGGUGUUUUGUUCCCAUAGAAGCAGAGUUUUGGGAGCCUGAAAACACUUUGCACCAUUUCAUUAAUGAGACAUGUCUGAGAAACGCCAGUUUAGAUGAUUCCUCCUCAUCUUUUUAUUAAAAAGAGAGAAAAAAAAAGCCAGAAAGCAUUGUUUAUAAUGAGAAGAAGCUAAUGAAAGCCUUAAACCAGGCUUGGUUUCAACACGGGGCAGACGGGCCAGGCGGGGG